UGUACAUGUACAUGUCGUGUAUGUAAAUUAACGCAAGAGAAGCGAGGGGAGACUGAAUGGUUGAUGUAAAAAGUAACGACAAAAGCAAUUCACCAGAUUGUUGGGAUGGGGCAGACAUUAUCGGAGCCCGUAACAGCCAAGGAGACAUCAGCAUGUGAGAACCACAUGUUCAAGGUUGGGUCAUCUUGUAUGCAAGGAUGGAGAAUCAAUAUGGAAGAUGCCCAUACCACCAAGCUGACUGUAGAUGAAGACAGAGAUGCAGCUUUCUUUGCUGUCUAUGAUGGACAUGGUGGGGCUAAAGUGGCUCAGUAUGCUGGGCAGCAUCUCCAUACAAAGAUGACCAAUCAGAUGUCUUACAAGAAAGGAGAUAUAAUUGACGGUAUCAAGAAAUCCUUCCUCUUAUUGGAUGAAGAUAUGCUGAGUGAUGAGUCAAUGAAAGAUGAACUAGCAGGUACUACUGCACUGAUCGUAGUCAUUAAAGACAACAAGAUGUACUGCGGUAAUGUUGGAGACUCAAGAGCAGUUUCCAGUGUGAGUGGUCAUGCACAACCUCUCUCUUAUGAUCACAAACCAGGCAAUGAAGAGGAGACCAAGAGAAUCAUAGCAGCUGGAGGCUGGGUAGAAUUUAACAGAGUCAAUGGCAAUCUGGCACUUUCCAGAGCAUUGGGAGAUUUUGUCUUCAAGAGGAAUGAAAGUAAACCAGCUGAGGAACAGAUUGUAAUAGCACUACCAGAUGUGACAGUCAAUAACAUUUUGUCUGAGCAUGAGUUUCUGGUUCUGGCAUGCGAUGGGAUCUGGGAUGUACUGACCAAUCAGGAAGUAGUAGAUUUCAUCAGGACAAGAGUAGCAAGCAAGAUGGACCCAGAGAAGAUUUGUGAGGAUCUGAUGACAAGGUGUCUGGCACCAGAUUGUCAGAUGGGCGGUCUUGGAUGUGACAAUAUGACAGUAGUCCUGGUAUGUCUCCUUCAAGGAGGGACGUAUGCUGAUCUUGCUGCAAGGUGUGCGCAACCUAAGCCAGAUAAGCCUCCUUGGGAAGGGGAGGAGGCUACUGUAUGAGGAAAUAGUAAGGAGUAGUCAUAUCUGGAGAUGAUUGUACAGAUUGUGAAUAAGACUGUGAAAUGAAAAUUAUGGCUUCCUUGAAGGGACUUCCUUCCAUUAAUGUGUGCUGGUUUGUCACGUCAAGACGUUUUCUUUAUGAUGAGAUUAGAUAGCACAUCUGCCGUUGUUGUGAAGUUUCAUUGAGCAUUUGGAUUGUAGUGAUUUUAUUUCUUCUCUUUUCUUCACAUCCCCAUCUUAAGGUUACAAAGAAACAACAUGGCUUCCCUAUAUGUUGGUACCCUCUCUGCUGAUUUAAUGUAGGAAUCCUAGUUAGCAAUAAAGCAGUACUCAGUUAUGUAUAUUUUAGUAAAUUCAUCAAUUUGGCAGAUUAGAUUUUACUUAUUACUAUUCCAGAUAUGUCAGAAAUUAACGAGGUAGAUUUUUAAUGUGAGUAUCUCUCUUCAUAUGGAAAUGAAACUGUUACUUAGUUGCUGUGCAGAUUUGUUGUUGUUAUUUUUUACUUUGAAAUCAUACAUGCUCUAAUGGAAGUUGUAAUCCUAAAUAUUAAAUGAUUUAUCUUUUCUCAACAAAAGAAAGUUGAAUCAGAAAGCGACUAAUGCUUCAUCCUGCUACCAGUCUUUAAGACAGUAGACACUGUUGGUAAUUGUCAAAGACAAGUCUUCUCACUUGGUGUCUCAACAUAUGCAUAAAGUACCAAACCUGUGA